AUGUCCUCAAAACGAUCGUUCCAGCAAAUCCAACAGCACCAACUUCAGCAAGAAGAGCCAUGGCUACGAUACCCUUCUUCACUCAAUACUACAAAGGACUUCAGUCGCUCGGGAAACACCUCGUCCACUCCUCUCUCUACCAGCAGUAUUCGUCAAAAGCACUUCUCCAUGGGGGCGUUUGGUGACUUUCAGCUUCGGUCCAUUACCCCUUCGCCAACACCACCACCACAGCAGCAACAGCAACAACAACAGCAGCAGCAAAAGCAACAGCCAUCGCAGCAACCUUCGUCUACAACGUUCAUUCCCGAGAUCAAGCACAGACGUUCACUUGCACAACUCAACGCGCCUUCGGCCUCGCUUCAGUACGGCAUUGGGCCCGACUCGUACGGAUAUUCAUCCUACAGAUCAAGCAGAUCCAGGAGACGAGACCCCCCACCCAAGCCGCUCUCGGAGGAACUGUCAAUGGCUCUACAGAACAGCGAGGACAACUUUUCUACACCGGACACCCCCCCCGGACUCCUUUCAAGCCCAGCGGAUAUUUCGACACCUUCCUCCGCGGCGUCCUCUUCUUCGACCUCAACAACUCACUUUCCUCUGUUCAAGCCCUCAGCACCUAGCAGUCAGAGCACAGGAAAAUUGCGGCCGUCUCCACUGUCGCUUCACGACAACCCUCAGCAGAAUGGGAGUAACAGCCCCUCUUCUUCGCUCUCGCUAAAGACAGGCAGCCCCACCUCGGCAAUUUCGCGGGAUUCGACCACAGCCACCGAUAUCGCCACCUCACCACGCGCUGCCUCUGCAGCAGCUGCUGCAGCUGCUACCUUGGGAUUCGCCUCACCUUUGGCACCCCGCUCAACCUUGCCUCUGCAUUCCGGACCGUUGGUCUCAAUGUCCUCUGCUACAUCGACCUCUGGAUCUUCCUACGGCUCCAACAAUUCUUCACCCACAACAAUGACUGCUCCUUGUUCAUCACUUUGUCAUGCCAACCACAACUGUCUCCACAAACAAAGCACUGCCUCUCAGCAGAUACACCACCCGGCCUGCCAACACCACACCAACUUCCCCGAGGAUGACUUGAUGGCUCAUGGGCCAAAACCAGGAAGAGUCACCAAGAAUGUGCGUCGGUUUGGAUUCCCUCAAUUCCGCCCUCUACUGGGCGAGUCUGAUCCAGGAACCUUUGACCCCUCGCGUCGGGAAAAGUCUAGCGCAACCAUGAAAACGACAUCGACUUCGACGACAGAAUACGGAAUGCGACGAGGGCAUCAUCACGAAGAUGAUGACGACGACUUGGGUGUCUAUGCAUUGGAACCACCCAAGAAGCGCCAACGUUCGACCGCAACCAUGCUUCUGGACGCAGCGUUCGAGACGGUGAUCUUUACGGGAGCAGUGGCAUUGUCGGCUUACCAGUUGAUAACGGGAAAGGGCAUGGUUCCAGACCAUUCCAAGCAGCCCUCGAUCACCUUGGGUGAUGAUGAUGGUCUUCAGGCAGAGAAUGUAAAGACACUGGAGGAUGACCCUAUGGAGGAAAAGUUAUCCUUGGACCUGGACUCUGAAACAUUCACCACCACCAACAACAGCGUGCCUCCCAGACUUCGCCCUUUCUCGACUUCAGGAACCCUUCUCACUCGCACACCCUCCACAUCCACAUCCUCUCGCCCAUCCUCCUUCCACCACAAGAGUCAACAACAAAAACGAGCCAGCUUCCGUCAAUCUCGACAACCCUUCUCCACCUCGUCUUCACCGGCUUACAACCAUAUCCCACACCAACAUACGGGUCAUUUUAGGAGUCCCUCAAUGCCUGUGAGGCCGAACACUGGGACGGAGGAUACGGAUGAGGCGUUCUUGAGGAUGGAGGCUCAAUUGAAUAGUUUGAUUGCUGAGGGUAAAAGGGCGUUGAGUAGUCGGAUUGAGGUCUGGGACGAGGAGUAA